AUGCCUACACCACUCAUCAACUUCAAGGCGGGUCGGUGCGAAGUCGACACCAGCUCUGGCCGUCCGUACAAGGUGAAGCCCCAGCCCGAGCCUGGCUACAUAUCUCUUUAUUAUGAGGAUGAUCUCAUUAAAUUCGUCUGGCGAAAGCGCGACCAGGAUCUCGACGAACCUGAACUCGACCUUGUAAUGGUCCCCGCGGACGGCACAUUUGCCCCAUACGAGUAUAAAACAACCCCUCAGCCGACAUCAAAGACAAAUGGUCGCAUAUUCGUACUCAAAUUCGCGUCAUCCUCACAGCGCUACCUCUUCUGGCUUCAGUCAAAACACCAGGGCACCGACGCCAGCUACCUGAGCCCUCGUGACCUCGCGCUUGGCUCGCUUGUGGACCGUAUUCUGCAAGGCGAAGAGCUCUCGGUCAAUGCGGAAAUCAACGCUAUCCGUGACCUCGAUAACGGGCCCGACGAUGAUGACGACGAAACCAUGGAAGACGCCGAAGGCCAGGACACAGGAUCCCGUCAACGUCACGGCAGUGGCGGGGCCGGUGCCGGUGCCACAGGAGGGGAUGUCAGAGAAGAGGGUGAGCAAUCGCGAGAAGGCGGUUCUGAUGAUGCGAGCGCCGCCGUUCAGAGAUUCUUAAGCUCCAUCUCAGGAGCCAACCUACCAAGCGGUGCAGGUCAGAGACAGCACGCCGAUCUGCCAUACCCCUAUCUCAAUCAUCUCCUACCUACGUCAAUCACCGUUCCCAUGGUAAACGAAGCAUCGGAAGAUUUGAUCAAUUCACUGCUCAACUAUCUGCCUCCCUCAAUCAUUCUCAUGGCUGCGGAUGCUUCAAGUAACGAGAACAGCACAAUAGAGCCCAAGCCAGCAGUUGUUGAGGCGGCAAAGGCGGCGCUAUCUAUGUCCCAGAAGCGAGCAUUAAUUACAAGGGUGCUACGCAGCCCCCAGUUUCACCAGGCCCUUGGCACGCUGACGAUGGCCUUGCGAGACGGUGGAUUGCCCACCAUUGCUGAAGCUCUUGGGGUCAAUCUUGAGAAUGGUGGCUACAUUCAGCAGGGCGGAAUGCCGUUGGGUGGUGGUUACGCAGUCAAGGCCUUUGUCGACGGUAUCGUCAAGUCAGCCAAAGAACAGCAGUAA